UAGUUGAGUUCCUACCGGUGACACUGUCGGAGGCAUUUGGAGGCUGCGCCAAAGCUCAGUUCCGCUCGUCGUCGGGUCAGACAUUAGCACGCCGGACCUCUGCAGCUCUUCAAACACGGAGCUGAAUUUUGUAACCAGACAUCAUGACGCUGUUUCACUUUGGGAACUGCUUUGCUCUGGCGUACUUCCCUUACUUCAUAACGUACAAGUGCAGCGGGCUUUCAGAGUACAAUGCCUUCUGGAGAUGUGUCCAGGCUGGAGCAACCUACCUGUUUGUUCAGCUCUGUAAGAUGCUGUUCCUAGCUACAUUUUUCCCCACAUGGGAAGGAGGAGCUGGAGUUUAUGACUUUGUCGGGGAGUUCAUGAAGGCAACAGUGGACCUGGCAGACCUGUUGGGCCUCCAUCUCGUGAUGUCUCGUAAUGCUGGUAAAGGAGAAUACAAGAUCAUGGUGGCUGCCAUGGGCUGGGCAACAGCAGAACUUGUGAUGUCCAGGUGUCUUCCUCUGUGGGUGGGAGCCAGGGGGAUUGAGUUUGACUGGAAAUACAUCCAGAUGAGCUUCGAUUCAAACAUUAGUUUGGUCCAUUAUAUUGCCAUGGCAGCGGUGGUGUGGAUGUUCACACGAUAUGACCUUCCUAAAAGCUUCAGGCUUCCUGUUACUGUGCUGCUGGCUCUCUGUGUCUACAAGGCCUUCCUAAUGGAGUUGUUUGUCCAUGUCUUCCUGCUGGGCAGUUGGACAGUGCUGUUGGUGAAAGCUGUGCUCACUGGUGCCAUCUCUCUCUGCUCAUUGUUUCUCUUCGUCACUCUGGUCCACAGCAACUAAGUAAAAGUCAGCACCCUGGCAUGAGCCUUCAACAGUCUUUCUGGUCCAGAAUGGACUGAGGUGGUCAUAAAUCAGAAGCUGUGUCCUGUUACCAUUUCAGUCUUACUAUCACACCAAAGACUACUGAAAAAUGCUUGUUGAUAUCGGGUAGUUGGACUGCUGAUGUACAAACCAGGCUAAUGUACAAACUACCAACUGGUAUGCUAACCAGUUUUUCCAGUUUGUACGGACCAUUGAUGGAAACAUGAAUUCAGGAUGAAGCUAUGUUAAAACUGCAGGAUGAGCUGUGACAUCAGGAGGCUUUCAUAUAUGAUUGGCUUACCUAAGCUGUGUUGGUUUUGUUAAAGGGUGAAUUUUAUAUUAGAACGACCACAAAUGAAUUCAGACUUUAUAAGUAACAUAAUUUUUUUUCUACGUGUUGUCCAAUGAACCAGAGUAAAUAGUAAAGUGAAUUUAUAACAAGUUAAUUAAACAAAGUUGUAGUUUCUUGAUAGUCCAUUGUGUUUCCACACAUGUAUCAAUUUAUUUAUAUGCAAGUAAAUCUUACAAGUAGUGAAAACAUAAUUGUAACAAGAUUUUUCUAAUUAUUGAAUUGUGUUAAAGAUUGUCGAAGAAAUCAUCGAGUCCAGUUGAGAUGUUUGCUGUGGUGUUGUGUGUUUAUUAAAAAGCCUGCUGGCACACUGGUGAA